AUGAAGCAUCUGGGGGGGCAGAAGGACCCCAGGGGACCAGGGUGGGGGGACCCAAGGGGUGACAGAGGUUCCAAGGGGGACAAGAGGGGACCCAAGGGUGACAGAGGAUCCGGGAGGGACAAGAGGGGACCCCAGGGACAAUGGGGGGACACAAGAGGCAACAGAGGAUCCGGAGGGGACAAGAAGGGACCCAAGGGACGAUGGGGGGGACCCAAGGGGUGA